AUGAGUCAAAACCAGUCACUAUUAUACAAUUCCUCCCCUCCUCCUUACAAUCCACAGUAUGAUCCAGCAGGAAAAGGCCCCCCUGCCUACAGCUAUCAAGCCAUACCAUAUGGAGCCCCUAAUAAUCAUGCUGUUAUUGUUACCACUCAGCCUACAGCAACACCAGUUGUAUACCAUUCUUAUGGUACAAAUGAUCACUUCUUGAUAUUGUCUAUUGUGAUGACGUUCCUUUGCUUCAUUUGUGGGACAUGGUGUGCACUAUUUUGCACUGUUCCUGCCAUCAUUUUUGCUAUUAAUGCGCAAGAUGCAGCACUGCAUGGUGAUAUGAUUGGAAUGGCCAGGAAUCGUCGCAUUGCUGCAAUUCUCAAUCUUCUUGGUCUCAUUACUUUUAUGAUUGUCAUGGUCAUAAUGAUCAUUGCUGUUGUUUCAGUGAAUGUGUCCAUAGCUUCAAGCUGCUACUCUUACUAUGACAGUUACUCUGGCUAUUAUUAUACCUGCUAA